UAUUUGACAAGAAGCCUGUCUGGCUGUCCGCUGUCAUGUUUUAUGAGAAAUUCUGCACUCCUGCUGCUGUCGUAGUGUGUGGUAAUUUUUAAAAUUAACCUGAUAAGUGGAGAUACCUUCGAAGUUCGGUACGCCAUAAACAUACUCUUCAUGGGUAUUGUAAUCUAAAUGAACUUGGUUGAAAGUGUAAUUGCAUGUGUUCAGCGCGGUACAUAGUGCUUUCGUGGCCUUGUGCAGUCCUAUCAAUUUGACACACACCCAUAACUGCUUAAUCGACUUAAAAGGGCUGCAGAUUUGGUAAAAUCCUUCUCAGAAUGCAGGCGAUCAAGUGUGUCGUCGUUGGUGAUGGUGCUGUUGGUAAAACAUGCCUCCUCAUCAGUUACACUACAAAUGCUUUUCCUGGCGAAUAUAUUCCAACUGUAUUUGAUAAUUAUUCCGCCAAUGUAAUGGUUGAUGGAAAACCCAUUAACUUGGGUCUUUGGGAUACUGCAGGUCAAGAAGAUUAUGACAGAUUAAGACCUUUGUCUUAUCCACAAACUGAUGUGUUCCUAAUUUGCUUCUCUUUGGUAAACCCAGCAUCAUUCGAAAAUGUUCGAGCGAAAUGGUAUCCUGAAGUGAGACACCAUUGCCCGAACACACCAAUUAUUUUAGUGGGGACAAAACUAGAUCUGCGAGAUGAUAGAGGUACAAUUGAAAAACUUAAAGACAAAAAGCUGACCCCCAUUACAUAUCCACAGGGUUUAGCAAUGGCAAAAGAAAUUAGCGCCGUAAAAUAUUUAGAAUGUUCAGCACUUACACAAAAAGGACUGAAAACAGUAUUCGAUGAGGCUAUUAGAGCCGUUCUAUGCCCAGUAAUGCAAGUUAAGCCUAAACGUAAAUGUGUGUUACUGUAAAACAUUUAACUUCAGAUGUCUAUGCUUAGACAAAUUUCAAUUAUUGCCAGAGUCGUUUUAACUUGAAUGGAUAAUGGUUAAGUUCAUUUUUUAAAGUAAAUUGUUUGACUGCUGUUUAUGUUUUGAUUUUGCAAAAAAAAACCAUUUGUUUUAAUAAGGCCAAUGAAAAGUGAAACCUAUAUUAAUAUUACGGAUAAAUGUGAUUAAUUAUUGUUUUCAUUUUAAAAAUAGAUAUAGAAUAUUAUAGUAAUUAUUAUUACUGUGAAAGUUUAUUAAAACCUUUGCAUUUAUAUUGUUAGGAACAGUGGUAGCAGUUCCGAGUUUUAACAUUUCUUGAUUUCAAAUGUACAAUUAAUUUAUCAAAAAAAGUCGAGGUUAGUAUGUGUGGUUUUAAAAAUUUGAUCUCUGCAUUCAUGUUAGAACUAACAAAGUGUUCCAUCUAAUGAUAAACUGUUUUAAUGCUUUGUUAGUUUGCAGUAAUUUCAAAUUCAACGUACAAGUGGUAAAGGGAGAGUUAUUGCAAAAACCAAAACUGCAAAGUUGUGAGAUCAGUUCUUAACGCAGUUAAGUACUAAUGUGCACAACUUGGUUCAAAGUAUAAACUUUUAGUUUUAGGUCAUUAUCAGAAUUGUUAUUUUAUACAUUGGUUAGUGUACAGUUUUUUACUUAGUGUAGAAAACAACUGCUUUCCAGUGUAUUAAAAAAUUUUACAUAAUGGUAUUUAAGGAUACUGGGAGGCUCAAUAUGAUGUACAUAUAUGCUUGAGAACCCCUAUGUUAAUUGUUUAGCAUUUUAAAUUUUAUUAAAGUUCUAAUUGUAAUUAUAUCCAAGAAUACGUUCUAUAUUUUUGUAAUUCCUUGCUUUUUAAUUGUCUAAGCGUAACAGUAAGUGUUUCUGUGCAGAGUGGAGCAACACUGUUUACACUCUCUAUGUUUAUGUUGGGACGCCAGUACAUUUACUAAUUAAAUGGAUAAGUGUGUGAUGUCAUAACAGGACUGUGUGUAUUUUGUAAAUACUAAAUAUUAUAGAAAAUAUAAGUAAAGAUUUAUAGAAUAACAAAUUAAUGAAA